AUGAACUUUGUGCGCUCGUACGCAACCAAGAGCGUGAAGCCGAGCGUUCCUGCUCCGAGUGCGUCGGUUCCCGACGUGGGCACGUUUCUGGCGAAAAUCGGCCGCGGAACGUCCGAAUACACAGACACCUUUGGCAACGACUGGACAAAGUUCUGGAAAAUGGGGUCGAGUCAGAUGAAAGAGCAGGGACUCGAGCCGCGCGCCCGCAAGUACAUUCUGGACUGGCAGGAGCGGUACAGAAAGGGUGUUGAGCCGGUGGAGAUUUCGCGCGGCGUGAAGAAGAACGGCGGAGAACGUAAGAGAAGAAUCUAUUUGGCCGAAAGACGGCUCAAAGACCUAAGAGAACUGGCCCAACUGAAAAGACGGUUCAAGAUUAAGAACAACCUGGAAAAGAGAAAUAGAGAUCGGUUCGAAAAGCUCCACGAAAAACAGAGCCCUGUGUAA